AUAAAGCAGCUCGAACUGCUAUUUAAAACAUACUUGAAUCUGGUUAAAAUUAAUGAAGUUUGGCGACACAAGAGUUGAUAUAUCUAAUAUGAGUUAAAAACUGAAGAAUAUAUCAUCAAGUUGAAUACGAGUAAAAAAGUGAAGAAUAUAUCAUCAAGUUGAACAUGACUUAAAAAGUGAAGAAUAUAUCAUCACAUUGCGGCCAAAAAUGUCCGGUAUUCCAUGGGAAAGCGAGGAAAGACAAAACUACAUUCGAGCAGACUACAUUGUCAGUGAUGUUGUCAGGAAGGAAUUGAGAAGUUUCUUUAUUCAGGAAUGGAACAAACGUUACCAGGCUUCUCUUGGAGCAUGGGAUGACACAAACGUAAGUGGUAUUCAGUUGUUUAAUUUCGAGAAAUCACGAAAAAGACCAAAUAAAUCAAUGCUUCAGUCCAAAUUUAAUCAUGGAAAUACAACUGAUUGGGAUUGUACUGUACUUUUUGAUGCAAUUCUUUAUUCCAACUCGAUUGGUUCAAGCCUUAAUCCAACGCAAAAAACUGAAAUCGAUAAUCUGAGAGAGCUACGAAAUGAAUUAGCUCAUGAACCUGAAAAAACGCUCGUUGAUGCAAACUUUCAAACCAAGACAACAAAUGUUAUAAAUGAUUGAAUGCAUUAGAACUGUCAAGCAACGAAGUCGUUCGAAUUAAAAAUCUCUAUAAAUCCUUCCAAAUUCUACCACCCAAGCCAACUCAUGAAUUUGUUUCUCGUUCUGACAAGAUACACGAGGUAAGAAAAGAUCUUGAAAAGUUGCGCAGUGAUAACGAUGGCAAACUUACAUAUUUUUACAUCUCUGGGAAUCCAGGAAGUGGAAAAUCUCAACUCGCCAGACAAGUUUGUGAUGUUAUUUGCAAAGAUGUUCAUGCGAAGGACGAAGCAAUGUUUGUGAUGACAUUGAACGGAAAAGAUUCAGAUUCUCUUUUAUAUUCCUAUGAAUAUCUUUGUCGUAAGCUAAAUUGCGACGAAAGCGUAUUAAAAAAUCGUUCCAGCUUUUCUAAACCAAAGGAUGAGAAAAUAAAAGAUUUGAGAUCGCAAAUAUCCAAUAGAAUUAAGAAUUGGAAGAAGUGGUGGAUUAUCGUCGACAAUGUGGAAAAUCUUGAGCUCAUUUCCCCACUACUGCCUCUGAUGGGCGACGAUGUUUGGAAUAACGGUCAAAUCAUAGUGACGACACAAAACAGAAAUGCAGUUCCUUCCGACAGCUUGUCAAGUAAACAUAUUUCACUUAGUCUCGGUAUGAAUGACCGAGAGUGUCGCCAGCUUCUUGCCCUGUUAUCAAGAACUGAUGUCAGUGAUUCAUUACUAGAUGAGGUGGCAGAGAAGUUAGAUUGUCAACCACUGGCAAUGGCUGCCGCAGCCGUGUAUAUGGGACAAGUCAUCGAGAGCUGCCCAGAUUUUUCUUGGCGAGAUUACCUAAAAAAGCUUGAAAAGGGGAAAAUAGAAUUAACAGAAGAGCGUCUUCGGCAGACAAAUUCAGCAGCAUAUUCAUCCACCAUGAGUGCAGCUGUGCUUUUAGCCGUUAGAAAAUGCGCGGAAAAAAACAAAAUUCUUGGACAUGCAUUCAACCUUUUCUCUUUGAUAUCGUUUGAACCACUACCACUUGAUCUUGUUGUGAAAUACAUUCAGCAGGAAGAAGAAGAGUUGGAUGCAGAGGAUAUCAUUCUUCCAAUAAAAGACUGCUCAUUGUUUGUUCAUGUUAGGAAUAAGGAGAGCGAUAUCCGUCUUCAUCGGGUUGUACACGAAGCAGUGAAAAUAUUUUGUCUUCCGAAAGAACCUAAAAUUGAUAAUGCUUCUGAAACCGAAGUUCCAAGAAAAAGAAAGAAAACAAUCCAUAAUCAUUUAGAAGCAGUAGCCCGCAAAGUGUUAAAAAUAUUGUAUUACUUCGAGGAUAGGAAAGAUAAAAUUAAAUUGAUUUCACAUUUAAAAGCAUUUAACGCAGAAAUUAAAAAACUCUUUCCAAAUGAUGGCUUAAAUAUAGCAGGUCUAAAUCCUGAAACAAUAAGUGUUUAUCAGUUCUUUGGAGACAUAUUACGUGACUUUUCCGAGUUUAAACUGUCAGAGGAAUUUCUUCAACAAGCAAUGAAAAUGGCAUUAGAACAAUUUGAGCCAAAUGAUAUUAACCUUUUUGGUUGUUACAACUCCCUAGGUCUUGUAUGUAAUGAGAAGGGUGAUCAGAAACAAUCUUUGAAUUAUCAUAAAAAGGCGCUGAAAAUUGCUUUAGAACAUUUAGGAUCAAACGACAUUAACGUUGCUGUUUCAUACAACAAUCUGGGUGGUGUGUUUUAUGAUAAAGGUGAUUUCGAACAGGCAGUUGAAUUUUAUCAAAGGGCACUCGAAAUUCAAUUACAACAAUUAACACCGAAUCAUGUUGACGUUGCAGCUUCAUAUAACAACCUGGGAAAUGUGUGUAGAGAAAAAGGUGAUCUGGAACAAGCCUUGGAUUAUUAUCAACGAUCGCUGAAAAUUAAAUUAGAACAAUUAGGAGAGAACCAUAUUGAUGUUGCUCGCACUUAUAGCAACCUGGGUGUUGUUUGUCAUGACAAAGGCGAUCUGGAAAAGGCCAGUGAUUAUAAUCAACGGGCCCUAGAGAUUCGAUUGGAACAAUUAGGUCCAGAUCAUGUUGACGUUGCUCGUUCAUACAUCAACCUUGGUUUUGUGUGUUUCGAUAAAGGUGAUUUGGAACAAGCAAGUGAUUAUUAUCACCGAGGCCUGGAAAUUCAAUUACAACAAUUCGGACCAAGCCAUGUUGACGUUGCUGGUGCAUAUCUCAACCUGGGUAGACUUUACUCUAAUAAGGGUGAUCUUAAAAAAGCUGAGGAAUACUAUCAACAAGCACUGAAAAUUCAAUUGGAAAAAUUAGGACCAAACCAUAUUCAUGUUGCUAGGUCCUACCACAACCUGGGUUCUGUAUAUCAUAAUAAGGGUGAUCAUAAACAAGCUGAGGAAUAUCAUCAACAAGCACUGAAAAUUCGAUUGGCAAACUUAGGACAAAAUCAUUUUGAUGUGGCUAUGUCCUACCAAUGCCUGGGUUCUGUAUAUUGUAAAAAGCAUGAUCUGGAGAAAGGCGGCGAAUAUUAUCAACGAGCACUGAAAAUUAGAUUAGAACAAUUAGGGCCAGAUCAUAUUGACGUUGCUACUACAUACCAUUGCCUGGGUAUGAUGUGGAAUAUUAAAGGUGAUGAAGAGAAGGCAAUCGAAUACCAUCAACUGGCGCUAAAAAUUCGUUUAGAAAAAUUAGGAGGAAACCAUGCUGAUGUUGCUGCUACUUACAGAAACCUGGGUGAUGUAUAUAUUGAUUUGGGUGACGAAGAGAAAGCUGAAGAAUAUUAUCAACAGGCACUGAACAUUCAAUUAGAACAAUUAGGGCCAGAUCAUAUUGACGUUGCUACUACAUACAAUUGCCUGGGUACGAUGUGGAAUAUUAAAGGUGAUGAAGAAAAGGCAAUCGAAUACUAUCAACUGGCACUGAAAAUUCGUUUAGAAAAAUUAGGAGGAAACCACGCUGAUGUUGCUGCUACUUACAGAAACCUGGGUCGCGUAUAUACUGAUUUGGAUGACGAAGAGAAAGCUGAAGAAUAUUUUAAACUGGCAGAUCUUAUUGAUAAAGGUAUUGUUACAUUAACCGGUAAACAUAUUUGGAAAUUUUUAGGAGCGGUGUCACUAGCAGCGUAUCCUAUAUAUAACAACCUAACAUCGAGUAAAAUAAUAUAAAACUGUCUAAAAUAGACAAGAUCAUUAUAACUCUACUGACGAAUAUCCUGACGGUGGAAAACGUCGAAAGGAAGUGAUUUUUACACUUUUGGCAGUUAUUAUCCCAUAAUCCAUGCUGAUACACAUAGUGUCUGAUAUAUAACGUGAGUAAUAAAGCUCAUCUCAUAAACAUCACCUAAUAAUACCUAUAACAUCGGUAAUAAGUCCUUUUCUUCAA